UUCUACGUACCAGUUUGCUGAUGGUGAGGCAUGACGCAUGAGAUGCGAUGAGAUCCCCUUUUUGAUGGUUCACUUCACACUUCUUUGUAUCCAAAUCCAACAGUUUUCUCCCACAUUCAGCUUUGACACUUGUAUCUCAUUCAUAGAUGGAGUCACCCCACGCAUCCCUCUUCAUCAAAUUCAAGACACCAAUCUUUUUCUGCUUCUUCCUAAGCACUCUUUCAGUCUCAGCUUCUUCAAAAUCAACCCAUCUAUUCCCCAAAGAAGCUCUUCCCAACAAGUAUGGUUACCUUCCAAUCAGCACCACUUCCACUUCUUCCAUUUUCUAUGCUUUCUAUGAAGCCCAGAAUUCCACUUUACCUCUCCUCCAGACCCCACUUCUCAUUUGGCUCCAAGGUGGCCCUGGUUGCUCCUCAAUGCUUGGCAACUUGUAUGAACUUGGACCCUGGCGUGUCACCAAAUCACUCACCCUACAGUCCAACCCUGGUGCUUGGAAUAGAAUUUUUGGACUUCUUUUCCUUGAUAAUCCCAUUGGAACUGGCUUCAGUGUGGCCUCAACCCCAGAAGAGAUCCCAAAAGAUCAAAACACUGUUGCAAAGCACCUUUUUGCUGCUAUAACCAGGUUUGUUCAACUUGAUCCUGUUUUCAAGCAUCGCCCUAUUUAUAUUACUGGUGAAAGCUAUGCUGGAAAGUAUGUGCCUGCAAUAGGGUAUUACAUAUUGAAGAAAAAUGCACAGUUGGAAGUUUCUGAAAGAGUGAAUUUGGCUGGUGUGGCUAUUGGGGAUGGGUUAACCGACCCGGAAACUCAAGUGGUUAGUCAUGCUCUGAAUGCUUAUUAUGUUGGAUUGAUCAAUCAGAGGCAAAAGAAUGGGCUGGAGAAAGCUCAAUUGGAAGCAGUUAGAUUAGCCCAGAUGGGGAAUUGGAGUAAAGCAACUGGUGCCAGAAACAAAGUGUUGAAUAUGUUGCAAAACAUGACAGGGUUGGCUACUUUGUAUGACUACACAAGGAAGGCUCCUUAUGAGGAUGAUUUGGUUGAACAAUUCUUGAACAUUGCAGAGGUGAAGAAGGCCUUGGGGGUGAAUGAAUCGUUUGUGUACGAGUUAUGCAGUGAUGUUGUUGGGGAUGUAUUACAUGCUGAUGUUAUGAAGAGUGUUAAAUAUAUGGUGGAAUACUUGUUGGGUAGGAGCAGGGUUUUGUUAUAUCAAGGUCAACAUGAUUUGAGGGAUGGUGUGGUUCAAACAGAGGUUUGGGUGAAGACAAUGAAAUGGGAAGGGAUUGUAGAUUUUCUGAAUACUGAAAGGAAGAUAUGGAAGGUUAAUGGAGAGCUUGCUGGGUAUGUUCAGAAUUGGAAGUCUCUAACCAAUGUUGUGGUUUUGGGGGCUGGCCAUCUUUUGCCUACUGACCAGCCUGUUAAUUCUCAAAAAAUGAUAGAAGAUUGGGUUUUGGAAAGGGGUGUGUUUAAAAGUGUGCAGGAUGAAAAUGUAUCCAAAAAGUCUAUAUGUGUUAUGUAACGAUUGAGACUCAUCAUCAAUUGAAUAAAUAUGUCAUGGUUCCAGUUCUGCUGUGAAUGAAUGUUAAGCAAUUUGUAAGUCUUGUAAGUAGGUUUAAGUUUUUUCAUUUGACAACUUUGAAUUCCUUAUUUAUGGAUAGUCAAUAUUUUGUUGUGGAAA